AUGUCUACUUUCCCACAACCAUUCACCUCGACCGUCUCUCAUUGGCAGGCUACCAACAGGGGUAAAGACUCGCUCUUUGGGCAUAAUAAGGAUAAGGCUUUGCCGGGGGAUGUUGUUGAUUAUUGUGUUGUUGGCGCCGGUAUGGCAGGCGCGACGACGGCGUACAGGCUUACUCGACCUGGUGUGGAAGAAGGCAAGAGGGUCGUCAUUCUCGAGGCCAAAGACGUAGCUUCCGGCGCUUCCGGCCGAAAUGGCGGCCACUGCGCCCCCUACUCAUUCGCAGCCCUCCACAACUACCUCACCCCCCAAGCCCAAGGUGGCGUCGGGCUCGACAUGGAAGAAGCGCUCGAAGCGCUGGAUCUGGAGAGACGGGUGUUGAUAGAGUUGAGGGAGAUUGUGGAGAGGGAGGGGUGGGGGGAGAAGGUUGAUUUUUGGAGUGGGGAGAAGGUUGAAGUUCGCGUUACACCCGAAGGUGCCGAGAAGAUGGACAAGCUCUACGCCCUCUGGUCUUCCGCCCGCGCAGCUUCGCGAUUCAAAGACAUCCCCCUCGAAUGGUCUUGGACCCAUGACCCCGCUACUGCCCAAGCCACGACGCGCAUGAAGAACGCCCAAGGAUUCUCCAAAGGCCCCGCCGGCUCACUCCACCCGCACAAGCUUACAACCGCCUUCCUCAAAUCCGCCCUCUCCUCUCCUACUUCCAACGCUGAGCUCUACUCCUGGGCCCCUGUUCAAAAGAUCUCGAAGGAGGAUGGGCUUUGGGUUGUGGAUUGUGAGGAGAGAGGUACAGUGAAGGCGAAGAAUGUUAUCUUGUGUACCAAUGCGCACACUCCCAACUUGUUUAAGGGGUCUGAUAUCGACAAAUUCCUAACGCCCUUCCAAGGCCAAGCAGCCAACGUCACCCCUCCCCCAUCCUACUCUGGCUCCAAAGCCCUCGACAAUACAUACACCACCGAUAACGGCACGUACCUCAUCAACACUACGCAUGCUGGGAUUGUGCAUGGGUUGUAUCAAAAGACGUCGUUGGGGAAGGGGUUGAUGGAGAGGAAGGAUGUUUGGGGGAAUGUUGAUGAUAGUGUUGUGCAUCCUGCUGCUAGGAAGUGGCUCGCCGAGUACUGCGCGAACAACUUUGAAGGGUGGGAGGAGACCGCGCCAGGGGAAGGCGGGAUGAGGUUCUGGUCAGGUAUCAUGUGUGCUACACAGGACACACUUCCUCUCGUCGGCCAGGUGCCAAAGGAGCAGGUGCCAGGUGGGGAUAGUCAAGGUCUUUACAUCGCUGCUGGGUUCCAUGGCCACGGCAUGGGCCGCAUAGUCCUCGUCACAAAGUACCUCGUCGACUAUAUCAUCUCUUCCAAAGAAGGCGAGGGGCAGUGGGAUGGAGGGUUUCCAAAGAGUUAUGUGAUUUCGCAGGAGAGGUUGGAGAGGGGGAAUGCGGUGGAGGGGUAUUUGGAUGAGGGGUCGAACAGGUUGGAUUGA